CUCUCUCUCUUUUUUUUUUUUUUUUUUUAGUUUUUUAUAAAUAAAAUAAAAAAAUGUCCAUGAACCGACAAAGACCCCGUACUCGGGUAAAUAGCAGAGCCAACACUAUACCGUCAUUGUCAAAUACGACGGUCAAUACGGAAUCGACGGUAGUUGAUUUUUUACCAUCGAUUGAGGAAUCACUGCAAGACUGGCUGAGUAGGAGUAUUCCUGAUACACCGACCUCUUCUGUGGCCUGGUUACUGGAUACCUGUCGAUGCUGCCACCGAAAUGAAUGCGAGAAUUUAGAGAUACUGUCAAGUGCGAUCCGUAAACUAGAGGGGGAUUCACGUUUGGCAGCAGAAAUUGGACAAAGUCUACUUCACAAACAUGAGCAAUUUGUAUCUGAAUCGGAUGAUAUCAAAAAUGGGCUUGAGCAAGAGCUUGAAGAGUUACGUGACAAAGUACGUGAAUUGGAACAAAGUUUAACAGAUUCGGAUAAUUCUAAACAAGACUUAGUACAAGAAAAGGAUAGAUCCAUUUGGGAAAUGCAAAAGACACAAAAGAUUUUGGAUGAAACAGCUGUGGACCUGGAGACUUCAAAUCAUCGGUGUUUACAACUGGGAUCCGAACUAAAAAGUAAAAUUCAGGAACUUGAAAAAUUACGAAUAUUCAAGUUUAUGGCGCGGCAAGCUGAUAUACGAGAAGACACGUUAAGAGCAAAAUUGGAAGAUAUUAAACAAGAAUUGGCGGUUUCGAGAAAAACAGAACUAACGUUAGAAUCAAAAUAUAAAAAGUUAAAAACAAAAUAUGAAUCCAUAUGCUUUUCCUUUGAAAAAAUUAAAUUGGAUCAACAAGAAUUAGGCCCAAGCAAAGAUCAUCAACUUGACUUGGUUUGGCUAAGAGAAUCAAAUGAAAAGCUACGCAAGGACGUAUUAAAGCUUACAUCUGCUUUACUUGUUCCAAAUACUGCAGAUGAUUUGCAUAUGACCAAUCACAACAACACGAGCCAUCAUCUUAUUGAAUUGAUUAAAGAAUUAGCUUCUGCCAAUAAUAAAUUAAAAACCGAUUUACUAGACUGUAGUGACUUAUUAAUGGAGUGUCGAAAUGAUUUAUACAAUAAGCUUGAUAAACAGCAAGAUGAAAUAAUGCAUCAUGACGAUAAUAGUUGUAUUAUAAUUCAACAAGAAAAUAACAAUCAUGCACCAACAUCACAAGAUGACGAUAAAACAAGUUGGUUAAGCACCUCUGCUCCUCAGUCAAAUGAAGAAUCAAUCGUGAUCGUACCAAGACUACGAAGAACCGAAUCAAAGAGAUCAAACAAGAUAGACACUACCGUUGCUCCCUCACCGUCAUCACCACAGCCAGCCGUCUCUCUCUCCACAGAUACCCCAGCGGUCGUUCAUCAUCACUACCACUAUUAUAUGAAGAAUAAGCUGAUGGCUGAAAAAGGCAAAUUAAGAAAGUCAGCAGAGAUAAAGAACGGAGAGAAACCACCUGCCACCCUCUCACCUUCCACCUCGUCCAAGUCAGUUAAAUUGGACUCUAGUUCACCCUUUCGACAGUUAUACCAUCAAGUGACAAUGGUAUUACAACGACUUCAACAGACGGAUAUCCGAGCCUUAAAUAGAAGAUUGCGACGUGCAUUUGAUAUAUUAGAAUUAAGCAGUAUGAGCAACUCAAUUAUAGAGAAUAUUGUGACGGAUGUGGAUGGGUUGCGAACACGAUUUUUAUGGAUCGAAGAUUGCCACCAAUUAGUGAAGCAAGAAUCGUGGAUUCAUGAUAUUUCCAUGCUGGAGUUUUUCCCCAUCAUCGGACUUGUGCAGGACAUGUUAAAGGAGAUUGGUCAGCUUAGGACAACAAUGAAUGAUUUACAGGUCGAAUAUGUGAAAAAAGUCGAGGAAAGCGACACAAGAUUAGAGGAAGAAAUUCUGAGAAAGCAGCAAGAGAAACAACAAAGAAUCGUAUUAAACACUUAUAAAAAGACCACACUCUCUUCAUGGCUAUCCAAUGUAUUUCAACGUAAGCAAGGGGAAGGUCAUCAAGUAUCAUCACCACAGCAACAACAACAACAACAACAGGAUACCAAUACAAGGUUUAUUAUCAAUAACACCAGCGAUAUCAGUAUUACGACCACCCAUCAUCCUUCUUCUGUCCAUCCUCUAUCGACAGUGAAUACAGAAAAGUCCAACAUGAUUGCGAUUAUACGGCGAAAGAAGAGUGAUAUUGAUAGACAUGGACCUCCUUCGAGUUUUCCGACGAGGUCACCUGCAGUUGCCAUUGGAAAUGAAAAGAAUAAACGUAGGUCGACAGCGACGCAUAUCUCAACGCAGGUGUCUACUUCAUCGCCUUCUUCCAACCCUACGCCAGCAGGAUCUGUCACACCCAAGCCCUUCCCAUUGACCUUGAGAGCCUCACAAAGUGCGGGAACCGUAAGAAGGUCAAAAUCCAUGCAAGCACCAGCAUUAGAUUACGUUGUGCGAAGAAAAAGAUCCACGUUAGGUCUGAGUUCUUCUUCUUCUACUGAUUAUGAUUUAAUGCUUACCCCACAAACCACUUCUCCAGACAUGACCGGUACAUUUGCUACAAGUUGGUUAGGCAAUAAAUAAUUAUAGCGCAUUGACCCUUU